UGUCACGUUGAUCAAUGAAGAAGCCGGUGUAAGUCGCGUGCAUCGUGCUUCUUUAUUGUAAAUCUAAUUAAUAUGUAUAUUUUUAAGAAUAUUUAAAAUAGUGCCGCACAUUCGUAUAUACGUAUAAAGUAACGUAAAACAAGUAUCCAAUAUAUAGUCGGGACAAUCCAGCUUAACACAGUUACUACUUAAUCACUGACAAAUUAGGAAGCACGUUCCACGUGUACGUGUUUGUGUAACUUUGAUAAUUAAUUUACCAGGAAGUAUACAUCAUCUUUUAUCAGACAUACGACAGUUGGGUUAAAAGAGUAACGAGUGGAUAGCGUUACACGUGUCUUGUUACAAACAUGUCUGCGAGAGCGGAAGGCGAUCUUCGCGAUGGGAUGUCUGCUGCUCAGGUAUUCGCCAACAACGAGGGCCUUACCUACAAUGAUUUCCUAUUGCUCCCCGGCUACAUCAAUUUCACUGCCGAGGAGGUAUGUCUCGCAUCACCACUUACUAAAAAAAUAAUGCUAAAAGCCCCUUUGGUGUCCACGCCCAUGGACACCGUCACAGAAGCCGACAUGGCCAUUGCGAUGGCUCUUUGCGGAGGCAUCGGCAUCAUCCAUCACAACUGUACUGCGGAAUACCAAGCUAAUGAAGUCCAUAAAGUAAAAAAAUAUAAACAUGGAUUUAUCAGGGACCCUGUAUGCAUGGGCCCAGAAAAUACUGUUGCUGAUGUUAUUGAAGCUAAAAAGAAAAAUGGUUUUACUGGGUAUCCCAUUACAGAGAAUGGAAAACUUGGUGGAAGACUUAUAGGCAUUGUUACAUCUCGAGAUAUUGACUUCAGGGAGGGUGAUCCACACCUUAGUUUGAAAGAAGUGAUGACUCCAAUAGAAGAAAUGAUAACUGCUCAGUCUGGAGUCACUCUACAAGAUGCUAAUUACAUACUUGAGAAGAGUAAAAAAGGAAAACUUCCAAUUAUUAAUGGUGCAGGAGAACUUGUUGCUCUGAUUGCUAGGACCGACUUAAAAAAAGCCAGAAGCUACCCUAAUGCUUCUAAGGACUCUAACAAACAGCUACUAGUGGGAGCUGCUAUUGGAACAAGAGAGGGAGACAGGGAAAGACUUCAGCUGCUUGUUGAAAAUGGUGUUGAUGUCAUUGUACUAGACUCUUCACAAGGCAACUCUACCUAUCAGAUUGAAAUGAUUAAGUUUAUCAAGAAAACCUACCCAAACAUUCAAGUGAUUGGUGGAAACGUGGUUACCAGGAUGCAAGCAAAAAAUCUUAUAGAAGCAGGUGUUGAUGCACUUAGAGUUGGUAUGGGCAGUGGCUCAAUCUGUAUAACACAAGAAGUGAUGGCAUGUGGAUGUCCUCAGGCCACAGCCGUCUAUCAAGUGUCCUCAUAUGCACGCCAGUUCAAUGUACCAGUUAUUGCAGAUGGUGGAAUCCAGUCUGUAGGACACAUAGUAAAGUCAUUAGCAUUGGGUGCUUCUUCUGUCAUGAUGGGAUCCCUUCUUGCUGGAACAUCUGAAGCUCCAGGAGAGUAUUUCUUCUCUGAUGGAGUUAGACUGAAGAAGUAUAGGGGAAUGGGCAGUUUGGAGGCCAUGGAGAACAAGGAAGGAAAGGGAUCUGCCAUGAGUAGAUAUUUCCAUAAGGAGUCUGAUAAACACAGGGUCGCUCAGGGAGUAAGUGGAAGCAUUGUGGACAAAGGCUCUGUACUAAGAUUCCUGCCAUAUCUCCAAGCUGGGCUGCAACACAGCUGCCAAGAUAUUGGUGCUCGCUCUGUGGGCAUUUUGAGGGAGAUGAGCCACUCUGGAGAACUAAGAUUUAUGAAGAGGACUUAUUCAGCACAGCUUGAAGGCAAUGUACAUGGUCUGUUUUCAUAUGAGAAAAGAUUAUUUUAAGAGAAAAUUAAAUACCUGUAUCAUUUCAUUGUAUGUGAUAUAAAAUGUAUAUUGCAAUGAUUUAAAAAAAUAUAUUUUAUGUGAUUAUAAGUAGUCUGUUAGAUUUUGAUGAAAUAUUAUUUUGUGUACUAUUUGUAUAUUGAGAAAAUAAAUUUUUGCUUCUACACAGUGACCUAAGCAGAAAAAUGUUUUUCCUGUAAGAAAAGUAUUCCAUUUUUUAAAAGU